AGCCGGCAGGACGCGGGAGCGCGCCCAGAGCGUGUGGACGCUGGGCGGGAGCCGGGUGCCCCUGGACCAGCUCCCGGAGGAGGAACGUGGCCGGGGGUCUGGGCCGCUGCUUUCUGUCACUUCUGCUGCCGUCGCCGGGCAGGAGCAGGCUGACAGGGCGAAGUGCUUUGCAAGCUGAGGAAUUGCAGCUGCCUCCAGCCCCACCCGCCCGUGCCCUGAGCCUGGGACAGCUGACUGCGCACCCCGCACAUGCUCAGGAUCCUUGUUUGGUGGCUGUCACCAUGGUGAUUAGAGCUGGACAGCCCUGCCCACGUGGGGAACCCCAGCCGGAGCUUCCCCUCUGUGGUCCAGCAGAGGUGGGGCAGGUAUGGAAGCCUGGACGUCUGAGCCCGCCCAGAGCAAUGGAAGCUGGGCAGGAGCCUGGUUCUCCUGGACCGGCUACCCAAGGAGGAACAUGGCCUGGGGUCUGGGCCGCCACUUUCUGUCGUCUCUGCUGCCUUCACCAGGCAGGAGGCAGGGGCGUCUCCACUGUAUGCGGGAAACCCAAGGUGAUAGGGAAGAUCUAUGGUGGCCGGGAUGCGGCGGCGGGCCAGUGGCCGUGGCAAGCCAGCCUGCUGUACCAGGGCACUCAUGUCUGUGGAGCCACCCUCAUCAACUCCCACUGGCUGGUUUCUGCUGCCCACUGCUUUCUCAAAAAAUCUCAUGUCCUGGAGAACUACCGGGUUUUGUUAGGAAACACCCAGCUGUACCAGCACACCAGGCACACCCAGAAGAUACCCGUGAGCCGGAUUAUCAUGUACCCAGACUUUGAUAAAUUUCAUCCCUUUGGGAAUGACAUAGCCAUGUUGCAGCUGCUCUUUCCUGUGAACUUCACCUCCUACAUCAUCCCCGCCUGCCUCCCAGCUCCUGGCAUGCAGCCGCCCAGUAACUCAUCCUGCUGGAUAACUGGCUGGGGGAUGCUCAGUGAGGAAAGGCCUCUGCUCGAGCCCUUCCAUCUCCAGGAGGGAAAGGUGGGCCUCAUUGAGAACAAGUUCUGCAACAUGUUAUAUGAACCAAGAGUUGGCCAAGGCAGGAACUACUCUGUGCACGAGGAGAUGCUGUGUGCUGGGGACUUCUCGACAGGAAAGGCCAUCUGCCGCGGUGAUUCCGGGGGACCCCUUGUCUGCGACCUCACCAAUGCCUGGGUUCUGGUGGGGCUGGCCAGCUGGGGCUUGGACUGCCGACAUCCCAUCUACCCCAGCGUCUUCACCAAUGUCUCCUACUUCAUUGAUUGGAUCGAUGAGAUCCAGAAGCUCACACCUCUCCCUGAUGCCAUGUCUGCUCCUCCUCAGACCCAGUUUCCACACCAGCCUCUGCAAGCUGCUGGCUCGCCGGGGCCCGGCACGGGCUUUGUGCCCCCACAGCCCUGGCCCCUGCUGCUGUUCCUGCUCCAGGCCCCACAGCAGGCCCUGUGGUGACCCGCCAAGCCCCUCUGCUCCUUCCUUCUGUCUCAGACCCCAGUCUCCUUGCUGGAAUUUUCCACCCCUCCCCUCCCCUAGCCCCAUCAGCUUUCAGUGGAUCCUUCUUGGCUUUCCAGUCCAACAACUGCCACUCCCCAAACCAAGCCUGAAAAAUCAAAUAAAAACAAGUGAAAGACU